AUGAUCGCACACGCCUCGACCGUCUCUCGCGUCGCGCGCGCCCCUCGCGCGCGCGCCGAGCGUCGCCAACGCACCGUCGUCGUUCCGAGCGCGACGGAUAAGACCUCGUCGCGCAUCGUCGCGUCCUCGGUCGCCCUGUCCACGCUCGUCGCCGCGAACGCGGCGGGCGCGAGCGAGAUCGCGCAGACGGCGGAGGGUGCGGGCGUCGCGGUCGCGGGCGCGCUCGCGAUCGCGGGCGCGGGCGCGGCGCUGGUGAUGACAGAUCCGAGCAAGCGAAGAGCGUCGAUGAUGUCGGAGACGGGGGGCGACGAGGCGGCGAGCGUGAAGAAUUACUUCGAUACCACCGGAUUCGAGCGGUGGAAUAAGAUUUAUGGCGAGACGGAGGACGUGAACAAGGUGCAGUUGGACAUUCGUAACGGACACCAGCAGACGGUUGAUAAGGUGUUGGACUGGGUGAAGGAUGACGACAUGAGCGGCGUGACGGUGUGCGACGCCGGAUGCGGUACGGGGUCGUUGGCCAUCCCGCUCGCGCUCAAGGGGGCGACCGUGAGCGCGAGCGAUAUCUCUAGCUCCAUGGUUGGCGAGGCAGAGCGUCGGUACAACGAGUUGGUGUCCAAGGGCGCGUCGGCGCCGGCGACUGCGCCCAAGUUCGAGGCGAUGGGUCUCGAAGACGCCUCCGGUCGAUACGACCUGGUGACGUGCAUCGACGUCAUGAUUCACUACCCGAAGGAUCGCGUCGACGGCAUGAUCAACCACUUGGCGAGCCUGAGUGGGAAGAAGCUCAUCAUCUCCUUCGCUCCGCAGACUUUGGCGUACCUUAUCCUCAAACGCGUCGGCGAGUUGUUCCCGGGUCCGUCGAAGGCGACUCGCGCGUACCUCCACGACGAAGCCGACGUUGAAGCCGCGCUUCAAGCCGCUGGCUUCCGCGUCAAACGCCGUGAGAUGACCGCGACGUCUUUCUAUUACUCUCGACUUCUGGAGUGCGAGCGCAUUUGA